ACUGAGAGAUGACACACCAUCACACUCACAAAUGCAACUAGGGACAGGGAGAGCGAGCAAAAGGGAGAAAGAUAGAGCGAGACGAUGAUUUGGUUUCAAGAGCAGAAAUUCAAUGAAAUCAAGCAAGAGAAAAUGUAAAAUAGAAAAAAAAAAAAAUCAAAAUUAGGAUGCAGAAAAAUACAGGAGAGACAGAAAAAAAGGGUUGAGAGAUGGUAAGACAGCAACAGAGAGAGAGAGAUAAAGAGCUAGAGAAAAAGAGAGAGAGCAAGCUAGGGAGAGAGAGACAGAGCUCCCUAACUCUUGUGAUUCCCAGACUGGCUGGCUGGCUGGCAGUGAGCUCUGUGCUCUGAUUUACCCGAUCUGAUGGGGUUUCAUGCCCUUGCAGCCAGUGUUGAGGAUUUUGAAGGCAACACGGGUUUCUGCUGUUGAUCUUGAUCUCAUCAGUUCUCACCUACUGACCAUAUCAGCCUACACAGAUGAUUACCAGGACAAGCCAAUCUCAGCCUUACUGACGGCUAAUGGAUCUUCAACUGGAACAACAGUAAAUGCAAGCGGCCCAAAGACGACUGGCAGAUAUGAGAGCGAUACUGGUGUGUGCUCUCCUCUCACUCCUGUCUUUGUCACGCGCCUGUCCAAAGGAGUGUAGCUGCAAUAGCAACACCAAAGUAGUAGACUGCCGGGGUCGAGGCCUGUACGACAUCCCUCGACGACUACAUCCAGAUACCCAAGAAUUGUAUCUUCAAGAUAAUCGCAUCAGGGGGCUGGGAUCAAUGGCUUUCAGGGAAAUACCCCUUGUUCGCAUUCUCGAUAUAUCUAAUAACUCUAUAACAUCAAUUUCACCAACUGCUCUGCUUGGGCUGAGGACUCUGCAGCGCCUCAGCCUGGCUCACAACAACCUGAGAGAGCUUGAUAAGCGGUUGCUUGGACCUAUCCGCUCACUUUCACACCUUGACCUCUCGCACAACAGCCUGUGGGGCUUGCCUGGAGCCAUGGGGGACAGUUUGAGGAACCUCAGCCACCUGGGGCUAGCACACAACAGGCUGACAAGAUUAGAUCGUUCCCUGUUGGAGGCUCUGACACACCUGGACAGCCUUGCACUACGUGGCAACCCCUGGAGGUGUGACUGCCAACUUAUAGGCCUCAAACUCUGGCUGGAGACCUACCUCUUUAAAGGUGGAGUGGUAGAUGAAGUGCUUUGCUCCCAACCAGAAGAAAUGAAGGAUAGAGACCUGCAGAAGGUCCCUUACCAGCUCUUCCAUGCCUGUAUGACUACAAGCUACCAUUACCUAUUUGCCAACAUACACCACCUGGAGUCUGAGAGACUACUACAAAGUCACACCCAUGGCAACCACGCUCAUCCCUCUAGCCAUGCUCUCCAUGUCCCCAUGGCGAUGGGGGAGGGAUUUGGUGGUGGAGGAGGAGGGGGUGGAGGUGGCAUGGCAGAGUGCGAACCUAAGCAGAAGCAGCGGCCCGUCAACUUGCGGCACGCUAUUGCCACAGUGAUCAUCACCGGUGUGGUGUGUGGGAUCGUGUGUCUGAUGAUGCUGGCUGCUGCAGUGUACGGAUGCGCCUACGCUGCUAUCAUGGCCAAAUAUCAGCGGGAGUUAAAGAAGAAUGAGGAGUUAGCGGCAGCGCAGGGUGCAGAUCACGCCACAGCAGAUGAGAAGGAGCCACUGGAGAACGCUAUCGCCUAGGAGAUGAUAACUAUCCCGAGACUUAUAACCUGGGCCUCAACCCUUUAACCUAAUUGUCUGUGGAUGCCAUGCGUGCGCUUGUGCAUGUAUGUUUGUGAGAAAAAAAAAAA